AUGCCUUCAUACAAGGAUUCUGACGAUUACAAGACCUACAAAGAAGGUCUUCUCCAGGGCGGCAAGAACCACCGCAUGGAGGAUCUUCCUCCCUUCGAGUUCAACGAGACGGAGCGGUUCUCGAGCGAGUCGAACCUCAAGAACCACAUCAAGAAGCACAAGCUCGACGGGGUCCCGGCCAAGGUUAAGAGCCGCAAGUCCGGCGCGAACUCCGUCGAGGAGAACGAUGAUGCAGCUGAAUUCUACGACCGCAUCCACGGCAUCGCCAUCGGCGCUCGCGAUGACAGCGAGCUGCAGACUCCUUCCAAGAAACGGAAGGCGCAGACCCCUCCCCCCCUUCUUGCCGUUCGGAAUCGAUUCUGA